AUGCUGGCAAACCCAGACGUGUUGAAGGCAGAGAUGGAAGACGUGGGGCGGCGCUUGCGGGCGCUGCGUAAGCGGGCUGCAAGGCGACAGAGUAGGCCCCGUCAGAGGAGUCGCGGCUGGCGAUGCGCUCCAGCCAGCUCCACGUGCAUGGUGGUGUUAGUGUACAGCGGGGGUGUUGCAGAGGUGGCGGCGGAGUUUGCGCAGGGCCGAGGGUGGUGGAAGGGCCGGGGAGCGCUCGCUGGGUCUGCUGACGAGUUGCGGGAAAUAGCAGUGGAGGUUGAGCAAGCGCACGACACGUUGCCCUUGGUGCAGAUUGCGGCGCUCCAUGGCGACCCUGUCAAGGCUGGCUUGGUGUCUGAGUUGCGAUGGGGGCUGCGCUUGGGAAAGCUGAAGCCGCGCAACCGCAUAUCUGUGGCCGAGAAGCAGUCCAAGGAGGGUCUGGCGGGCACUGUCCUGAAGGUUCCUGCGGGCAAGCCCAUCUUGGGCGACCCCUCGUCUCUGGGCGAGAGACGCAGCCACAUCACGUAUUUGGCCAGCAUCACUCACGACGCAGAAGUGCAACUCCGCCUCCCGCAAGUUCUCAUCGGCAAUGAGCGUCAAUUUUCUGCGGCCAUGAUGAGAAGCUUGCCGACAUUGCCGGACGCGUGGCGCCGGGGUAAAGCCGCGUCUGAAGCUGGUUCCAUCAGCACGGUGCAGUGGCUCGAGAUUCUGGUCGCUAGCAUACAAGCGGUGUUGCCCGCCACCGACUGGGAAGAAGCUUUUGCAGCGGUGGGAGCAGUGGCAGAGCAGUCUCGCUUGGGCCGAAGACUUUGUGAUGCGCUGGAGUGGCAACAAGUUCCGACAGUGCCGGACGGCCUCCCCUCUGUUGUGAUGCGCUGGAGUGGCAACAAGUUCCGACAGUGCCGGACGGCCCUCCUGCGCCAGGAGAUGGAGACUUUGAAGCAGCGUCGUGCUGCUUUAAAGCGCCAGUCUAAGGAUGCUGCCAAAGACCAAAAGCUCCUCGCUGCCAAGCGCCAGCGCUUGCUCAAGGCUGCCAAGGGGCUUUCCGCGGCAGACCUCGAGCUCUUGCUCCAGCGCGCCCGAGCAGGCGGCCAGGCGAUGCUGGUGUGGGAAGGCGUGUUGGUGGUGCUGAUGGCGCUGGCGGCCUGGGUGACGCUGGUUGAAGGGGUGCUGGUGGUGCCGAUGGAGCUGGUGGCCUGGGUGGCCUGGGCCUGUGCGUCGCCCACACUGCUUGGCAUGAGCGUCGAGGAGUGGCAGGAUGCCAAGUCCAAAGCCAGUGCGGGAGGCGGUCGGCCGGCGAAGGCGGCCGUUGUGGCAACCGUUGCCAAGGUGGGGCAGCAGCGAACGCUCUACAGGAUUCGGUCUACUGCUGUGCUGCUGACUUACCAUGGCAUCGCGGAGGACGCUUGGCAGGCAGAGAUGGAAGACGUGGGGCGGCGCUUGCGGGCGCUGCGUAAGCGGGCUGCAAGCUCCACGUGCAUGGUGGUGUUAGUGUACAGCGGGGGUGUUGCAGAGGUGGCGGCGGAGUUUGCGCAGGGCCGAGGGUGGUGGAAGGGCCGGGGAGCGCUCGCUGGGUCUGCUGACGUGUUGCGGGAAAUAGCAGUGGAGGUUGAGCAAGCGCACGACACGUUGCCCUUGGUGCAGAUUGCGGCGCUCCAUGGCGACCCUGUCAAGGCUGGCUUGGUGUCUGAGCCCCAAAUGCUGGCUAUUAUCCGCUGGUUGGUGGAGCGCUCUCUCUACACCUGGACUGAAGAGCAGAACACAGUGCACGGUGUUGCGCCAUCUCGCGCCCAACUGGUCGAGCGCGCCUUGUCUGCAAUACCUCCUCUGGCCCCAGACGCAUGGUUGCGAUGGGGGCUGCGCUUGGGAAAGCUGAAGCCGCGCAACCGCAUAUCUGUGGCCGAGAAGCAGUCCAAGGCCAUGGCCUAUUUCCAGUGGGUCAACGCAGCUUCGGCGGCCGCUCCUGCCAACCGCCCGCCAUUACUCAUCAACAUGGACGAGACCGCCCUGGUGCGGCACCCCAGUGGUCUGGCGGGCACUGUCCUGAAGGUUCCUGCGGGCAAGCCCAUCUUGGGCGACCCCUCGUCUCUGGGCGAGAGACGCAGCCACAUCACGUAUUUGGCCAGCAUCACUCACGACGCAGAAGUGCAACUCCGCCUCCCGCAAGUUCUCAUCGGCAAUGAGCGUCAAUUUUCUGCGGCCAUGAUGAGAAGCUUGCCGACAUUGCCGGCGAAUGACGCGUGGCGCCGGGGUAAAGCCGCGUCUGAAGCUGGUUCCAUCAGCACGGUGCAGUGGCUCGAGAUUCUGGUCGCUGGCAUACAAGCGGUGUUGCCCGCCACCGACUGGGAAGAAGCUUUUGCAGCGGUGGGAGCAGUGGCAGAGCAGUCUCGCUUGGGCCGAAGACUUUGUGAUGCGCUGGAGUGGCAACAAGUUCCGACAGUGCCGGACGGCCUACCCUCUGUUGAAGCCGCGAGAAUGAUCUUCCCGAAGAACAUGAAGGUGAACCUUGAGGCCCUCCUGCACCAGGAGAUGGAGACUUUGAAGCAGCGUCGUGCUGCUUUGAAGCGCCAGUCUAAGGAGGCUGCCAAAGACCAAAAGCUCCUCGCUGCCAAGCGCCAGCGCUUGCUCAAGGCUGCCAAGGGGCUUUCCGCGGCAGACCUCGAGCUCUUGCUCCAGCGCGCCCAAGCAGGCGGCCAG